CAGCGAAGUGGAGAGAUGCUAGUGACCCACACAAGGGUACCCAAUGCAAAGUUGAGCUGCAAAAUUUAGGUAGACGAAUGUCUGCAGUCGACUAAAACUUACAGAAAAAAUAUAUUUACAGUCGUGUCAACAAAGUUUGGGGCUGUCAUUUUCGGAUGCACUAUUUUGUGCAAACUUGCUUUAACGACCUCGCGAGCCAGAUUCCAGAACAGAGCAGAGGCUAGCUGCUAUCAGGUUGUUAGCAUUCAGGCUAAAUCAACAAGCCAGAUAGGUAGUUUUUGGAUUCAGUGUAUGGAGCUGGGGAGCCUUUCUCGGGACUGGUUGACGACUUGUCUCGGUGCUUGGUAGUUCCCCGGCAGCACACGAGCACUCGACACAAAGCUCAAGUUGCUGGUUAGCUAGCUAACCGUAGCAUUAUCCACCUAGUUGAAGAGCUAGCUAGUUAGCCAGCACCACCGCACAGCCUGCCUUCCGCCGACGUGCACUUCCCCCACUCUCCCUCCAGCCGGCUAGCUGCAGCGUUAGUCCGGUACAUAAAAUGAAGCGACCAUCAGCAUUUUGGGAAGCUGUGUGGCUGUUUGGAUUUUGCUGAUGUAUGAGGAGACGAUAUUGUUUUUGUGAGAUCUCUGUCAAGGAGGUCAAAAUCAGUACAGGGGAUGGACGAGCAGAAAUCGAACUGCGAAGAGAAUGACUCUGAACCAACAGCUGAUGACAAUGCCCCUUCAAAGCAGCUUGUUUCCUCUGAGGAGGAGUCUAAAGCCCUUCCUGCUGCUGAGGAUGUGUCUGGUGCUACUGCAGCCUCUUCCAGCACACCUGUAGAGAGCGUUCGAGCCUGUGCCCUUUGUAACUGUGUGGAGCGGAGCCUGCAUGGACAGCGGGAACUGAGACACUUUGGGCCAUCUUCUGAGCGGCCCACCCUCAAGCCAUCAGCUUCUCCACUGCCUCAGCCCGGGAAUGAUGACCUGUCUUCCAUUGGAUUUUCCGACUCUCCCUGUCUGGCGGCAUUCUUUGACGACUCAGGGGGUUGUUGGGUUCAUCACUGGUGUGCGGUGUGGUCGGAGGGGGUGAAGCGCAUGGAGAAUGAGGAGCUGGAGAACGUGGAUAAGGCCGUUAUCUCAGGGACGCAGCGGCUUUGCGAAUACUGCAAAAGGCUAGGUGCAACCAUUCAAUGCCAUGCUGAGGGCUGCUCACGGUUCUACCACUUCCCCUGCUCGGCAGCCAGUGGAUCCUUCCAGUCUAUGAAGCAGUUGGUCCUCCUCUGUCCAGAGCACAUAGACAAGGCAGAGGAAUUGGCAGGUGAGGAGUCUUGGUGUGCGGUGUGUGACUCAGCGGGGGAGCUCACAGACUUGCUGUUCUGUACGGGUUGUGGCCAACAUUAUCAUGCGGCAUGUUUGGAGAUUGGUGCCACGCCCAUCCAGCGGGCAGGAUGGCAGUGCCCAGAGUGUAAAGUGUGCCAGACUUGCAGACAACCAGGAGAAGACUCCAAAAUGUUGGUAUGCGAUGCCUGUGAUAAGGGCUACCACACCUUCUGUCUUCAGCCAGCCAUGGAUUCUCUUCCCUCUGACCCAUGGAAAUGCAGAAGGUGUCGAGUAUGUACGGAGUGUGGUGUCCGUGGACUGGUGCAGCCAGGUUCGGCCCAGUGGUUUGACAACUACUCUGUGUGUGAGGCCUGCCAGCGUCGCCGCAGCUCUACGUGUGGCGUGUGCAGCAAAGCUGCCAACCCAUCUGUCACUCUGCAGUGUUGCAGCAUGUGCCACAGAUGGGUGCACAGUGAGUGUGCUUUACCAGGAGAGCUUCCAGAAGCCAAGUGCAUUUGCCUGCUUUGCAAGGAUCAGCAGCAGCCUGUCACUCAACCGUAUGCAGCAGAGAUACAAACCAGAGAGGUAUCUGAGAAGACUGAAGGACAUGUGGAUUUGGUGGAGAUGACAAUCCAAACAGAUGCAGACAUGGUGACUGAAGAGCACAAAGACUUAUCAGAGGUGACACCAGUACAGAGAGGCACUUCAGAGAUGGGUCAGGUUGAAAACACGACUGACAAAGAGACACCCAUGGAACUGGGGGUGGAGUCUGCAGUUGUUGAGACAACAGACAUUGGGGAGAGGACCAUGGAGGAUGAGCCGAAGGUAGCUACAGAAGAAUUCACCUCUGAGGCACCCGCUGCUCCACCUGAGUCCACGGAAUGUGCAACAACAGAACACGGGGGCUCUUGUCUACCUGCUGAUGAAGAAAGAGCAGAAGAGGCAGUCAGCCAGGUGACCCAAGUCACCCCUUCUUCGGACCCCACAGCAGAGACGCAGUCUAACAACCCUGAAGUAGAGCCAACACCGGUGUCACUGCAGGGCCCUGAAAAUAUGGAGGUGGAGAAAGAGGAGGAGAAGCAGGAGACAACUCCCUCAGCAGAACAAGAAGUAUCAGCAGAGUUAUUAAACAGUGGCUCUGAUGGCAUGCCAAUCACAGAACCAUUUAGUAAGGAUCCACCAAAGUUACCAGCUUCUCCUGCCUCUGUGGACAAAGCAGAGUAUUUUCCCAUGGCUAAUCAGCAGGAUAGAAGUCCACGCCUGGACCACCGGUCUCCCUCACCUCUUUCUUUAUCAGUAGACACACAAGAGUCCCUCUCUGCUGUGGACAUGGAAGGGAGGUUACUACCUCACUCUGAGGAGGAGGAGGAGGAGGACGAAGAUGAUGAUGAGCCAAUGAAAGAAGAGGAGCAUAUUGUGGACAUAAAGCAGGAACAGCACGAGCAAGAGACUAAGCCUGAAUUGCUGCUGGACGAGAUGUCCAAUAUGAGCCACGGAGAUGAGAGCAGCAGUGGCUUUAUGGGCUCUCCAGGAGAACCCGAUCCUCAGCUCUCUAUAGAACUUGGCCUUGUACCUGCUGGCCGCUCACACACAGAUAACCUGCUCACUGAGACCGAUGACUCACUUCCCUUCGAACCCCUCAGAAGCGACAGAGAGAAGGCAAAACGCCGAGGAUCCCCAGGCCGCUCACGAAUCAAACAGGGGCGAAGCAAUAGUUUUCCUGGGAAGCGUAGACCUCGAGGGGGUGGUGGAGGGAGAGGGCGUGGUGGGAGGUCACGCCUCAAAGCCAUGGCCUCCUGCAUUGAUGCCUUUUUGCUAAGCAUGACCUCAGACACUGGAAUAAGUAAGGAGGAAGAUGAUGAGGAAGAUGACACCAUGCAGAACACAGUGGUUCUUUUCUCAAACACUGAUAAAUUUGUCCUGCUCCAGGAUAUGUGUGUUGUGUGUGGCAGUUUUGGAAAGGGUACAGAGGGGCAGUUGUUGGCUUGUGCUCAGUGUGCCCAAUGUUACCAUCCUUACUGUGUGAACAGCAAGAUCACCAAGACGAUGCUCCGUAAGGGCUGGCGCUGUCUGGAAUGCAUUGUGUGUGAGGUGUGUGGAAAGGCUUCGGACCCCUCCCGUCUGCUGCUGUGUGAUGACUGUGAUGUCAGCUAUCACACCUACUGCUUGGACCCACCCCUGCACAAUGUUCCCAAGGGUGGUUGGAAGUGCAAAUGGUGUGUGUGCUGUGUGCAGUGUGGUUCCAACUCACCUGGUUUCCACUGUGAGUGGCAGAACAACUACACCCACUGUGGCCCCUGUGCCAGCCUUGUCACUUGUCCAGUAUGCAGAGAGAACUUCAUGGAGGAGGAGCUGCUGCUGCAGUGUCAGUACUGCGAUCGAUGGGUCCAUGCUGUUUGUGAGAGUCUGUACACAGAGGAUGAGGUGGAACAAGCUUCUGAUGAAGGCUUUGCAUGCACAUCCUGCACCCCAUAUGUUCCAAAACCUGUGGUGGAGUCAGCCAUUAUGGCUUCAAUAAAGAUCAAAGAGCCAGAACCCCAGUUCUACCGGUUGGAGGGUGUGUGGCUGACAGAAUCGGGUAUGUCCCUGCUUCGCAGCAUCUCCAUGUCUCCCCUACACAAGAGACGGCAGCGCCGUUCCCGUCUCGGCACUCUGUGUUGUGAAGGAGGUCCUGAUGGAAUGGAUCUGAGGGAGGUUGAUGGAGACGCUGAGGAUGGAAAAGGCUGUGGGGAGCCCAUGGAAUGUGAAACCAAGAUGGAGAACCCUGGGAGUCCUGACAGGGAGGGUGCCGGUGCAGAGGGAACUGAAGGCAUGGCUGACUGCGAGGGUCUCAAAGGAGGAGCAGAGGAGACAGAUGAUAGCAAAAAAAGAAAGCGGAAACCUUACAGGCCUGGAAUUGGAGGCUUCAUGGUGCGACAAAGGAAGUGUCACACACGGAUGAAGAAAGAAUUUUUUGCCCAGCUGGCUGGUGAGACUAUGUUAGAUGGACAGCCAAUAGAAAGAACCAUUGAUGAAGGACCCCACCCUGACACAGAUAACAUAAUGGAUCCUAAACCAGUGGAGGGCGAAGAACAGGCCAAGAAACGUCGGGGCCGGAAGAAGAGCAAACUUGAGGACAUGUUUCCAACUUAUCUUCAGGAGGCUUUCUUUGGGAAGACACUAAUAGACUUGAGUAAGAAAGCUGUGAUGAUACCACCAGGGCAGAGGCCAGGCGCAUGCCUUGUCCGACCUUCAUUAGCAGCACCAUCAGGACUUAAAACUACUGCCCCAGAGACUGAGGCCAAGGAUCGUGUGGUGAAAGAUGAUUUUCCUCUCAAGCAAGAGGGGGGUGAGGCCCCCCAGGCUCAGGGAGAAGGUGCAGGAGUUUCUGCACCAUCCUCAUCGCUGAAGGACCAGGCAUCAACUGAUCCUCAUGACUCUGAUGCAGAAAAAAGUGAAGGUCUUCCACAAGGGGUGGAGAGUCAGGACUCCGAGCAGUUCUUCAGGAAGGUUCUGGGAGUGUCAGAUGGCUCGUCUUUGGGGGGCAUGAAGCCCAUCUUGGAGGGCAGUAAGGGAGAACUCAAUCGUAGCACUCUGCCACAGAGAGCUCUCCUCUCAGGGUCCCUGCCCUCAGCUGGAAUGAUGGACGCCUUUCCUGGCCUCUCUCAGUCACCGUUCUUUGACAUGCGGGACCGAGGAGGACUGUUCAGUCCAGAUGGGGGUGAGGAGAGCCCUGGGGCGACUCCCUCUACCCCAGCAACCCCCUCCUCCCCACCAACCCCCACUGAGGCAGAAGGUGAUGGGCUGUCCUACAACCAGCGUAGUCUCCAGCGCUGGGAGAAAGAUGAGGAGCUGGGAGAACUGUCAACCAUUUCCCCAGUUCUUUAUGCCAAUACCAACUUUCCCAAACUCAAACAGGACUACCCUGACUGGGCUAGUCGCUGUAAGCAAAUCAUGAAGAUCUGGAGGAAGGUGUCAGCUGCUGACAAGGUUCCAUAUCUGCAAAAGGCCAAAGAUAACCGAGCAGCUCAGAGGAUCAACAAGGCACAGAAGCAGGCAGAGAGUCAAGUGUGCAGGCCAAUCAAGACAGAGGCAGGGCGUGUGAAGGGAGAGCGGCCCAGUUUACACCUCCAGAUCCCUCCACCUUCAGGCUCUACGUCUAUCUCUUCCCAGCCCAGCUCUGCAGAAAGCCCAUUUCCCUUCCCUCCAGAUUCAGGAUCAUCCUCUGUCUUUUUCUCAGACGGACCUGUUAAGACCCCAGGGUCAGCUGAAAUCCGGACAGAUCCCUUGGCCAAGUUUCCUCCUCAGUCACCCCAUUCUCACUCCCAUCCAACCACACCCUUCUCCCAUACUGGGGCCAGCCCCUUGCAGGCCUCUUCCUCAGGUUAUUCCGCUUCCGGCCCACAGGGUCCUCCUCAGGGACGGCCAGCCAGUCUAGGCCCCUUUGACAUGCAACCAGGAACUCCUGGAACCCCCAGACGGGCUCAGCAGGUUGACCCCUACUUCAGAUCACAGCUGCAGCAGCAACAGGGUCAUCUACCACAAUCACAGCAAGGCUCUCAGGAGUCCCUAGGACAUCCAGAAAGUCCUCACUCAAGAGGUGCUGGGCUUGGGGAGUCACCCAUCUUCUCACCACCCCACAAUACCCACUAUGGUGACCCUUUCAGAAACCAGCAAGGGAUGGGACGGCUAGAAUAUGGUUCAUCCCCAUCACCCUCUGCAGUGGCUUCCUCACCUGCAAGCACAGGGCAGUACAGGGCUGAUAUGAGUGCACCUUCUCCGCGCUCCUCUACAGUUGGAAGACCUGACCUAUCCGCUGGCUCCCCUGCUGGAAUGCUGGAGACUGGUGAUGGUUUAUUCAAGGCACCUAUGACGCCAAGAAUGCACCAAGGGGAGGGUGGAACACUUCAUCCUGGAGCUUCUCCUGGCCACCCUUCUGAAGGCUACAGGCAGUCUCCCUCCCACCCUUUCUCUGACCCCCACACUCAGCAACCGCUAACUCCAAGACCGCAGUCAGGCGACAAUUGUUCUCUUGGACCCCAGAGGCAUCCUGUAGGUCAACAGGAACUAUGCCCUAGAGUUCCCUCCAGCCCACAGUCCCAGGGCAGCUCUCCCCACACUCCUGGUGGCCUCUCGAAUGACGCUUACUCUGUCCAGUCUCCUGCUACCCCUCGUUUCCAAUCCCCAGACCCUUGUUCUCAGCCACCUUCAAGGCCACAGUCUAGAGACCCUUUUGCUACUAUCCACAAACCUCCUCGCCCCUCCUCUGUCGCCCCAGAAGGAACUGCAAGUUACAAAGGCUCACCUCAUCCUAACCAGCCACCUCCACCCCAUUCCACUAACAGUUCAGCAGGGGAUCCUCUCUCUGGUAAACCGUCAGCACCUCCUAAUUUUAGCCGUAGCCCAAGCACGGGAGGCUUCCAAAUAACCCAACAGCAGAGUCAGAUGUUACAGGGUCAGCUUCAGCAACCACAGCCACAAACUCAGCAGUCUAUGGGAGCAGAUGGCUUUGGUUCCAGAGUGCCACCUCCUUCUGGAUCUCAAGAACUAUCAGCUGUCCGCCCUCCAGAUGGACCUCAUCAGCCAGCUUUACCAAGUGCUCAAGAAAUGCCUGACAUUUCAGCAGUGCAGGACCCCGCAUUAGUAGGGCUUAGCCCCUCUGAGCUGGAGAAGCACCGACAGCGCCAGAGACUGAGGGAAUUCUUAAUCAGACAACAAAUGCAGAGAAAUUCCAUUAGACAAGAGAAGGAGGCUGCUGCUGCUGCUGGCAGUGCAUCCCCUGGCUGGUCUGGAGGAGAGAUGGGAGCCUUUCAACAAGACAAGGCCCACAGAGCUCCACCACCUUAUCCACAGGAUCGUGUUGCUGUAACUACUGCUGGAGCCCAGGCUUCUGUGGCAGGCAAGAUGCCCAUGGCUGUUGGAGGCAUGGAGGACAAGCUCAUUCGCCCACCACCUACAGGAACCCCUGCCAUCAUGGAUCCUAGUGCACUAAGGCAACCAGGGCCCACCAGACCUCAGGGUAUGUUUGCCCGUCCACCAUUCCCUCCUCAGUGGCAGGGCCAGGCUCCAGGUCCAAGGAGGUUCCCCCAGCCUGGCAUGGAGGCUAUGGGCAUAAGGCACAAUCUCAACCCUGCUGUCAACAUUCAGGGUAUGGAAGGAAUGGGUAAUCCUCACACCAUGAUACCAGGACAUGGAGGAGAAACCAUGCAGCCAAUGGGUCAAGGACCCCCACCUCAGUUUAUUGAAUUGAGACACAACUCACAGAGGCUACCCAUGCGACCCCAGUUUAUGCCCCGUGGUCCCCAACCCAGGACACGUCUCUUUGUCCCACAGCAAGAGAUGGCAGCAUCUUAUGUUCAGCAACAUCCCAUUGCUCAAGCUGGUGGCAUUCAAACAGAUGGGAGUGACUCACAGCUGGGGUUACAGCAGGGCGGACUGUCAGUUUUACUGCCUCAGCAGUCUACUGGCCCAGUAACACAACAGCCCCACCUGCAGCCCCAGGCAGCUACUUCCACUCCAAACAUUCCUAGCACUGAGCAGCAUCAACUUCAACUUCAACAACGAAACGUAGUCACAGGGCCACAGCCUGCCACUGUAGAAAACAACGAAGAACUACCAGAGCCUGACCUUGAGGGGCUUGGGGAUGCCCCAGGGGAUGGGGGUGUGGAGGAUGAGGAUGAUUUGGCUUUAGACUUGGAUCCUGACAAAGGAGAUGAUGACUUGGGCAAUCUGGACAACCUUGAAACCAAUGAUCCACAUUUAGAUGACUUGCUUAACAGUGAUGAGUUUGACCUGCUGGCUUACACUGACCCGGAACUUGACCAAGGAGACCCUAAAGAUGUCUUCUCAGACCAGCUGCGGUUGGUGGAGGCAGAAAGUGAAGCACCUUCAUCUUCCUCUGGAUCAGUGCUUGUUAAAGUGGAAACCAAGUUGGAGCCAGGGCAGAAGUGUCUCACAACAGCCCCUGGAAUUGCAGGGGGGUCUGCUAACCAACUGCCACCCUCUGCAGAAGCUGUCGAUAUCUCCAAGGUCAAAGUGGAGGACAGGGGUCUGACCCCUCAGCUGCAGCCAGGACAGACUGUGGUGAAAGAUGAAAUAGGAGAGGCUGUGUCAAUGCUUCUUGGUGGGACCACACCAUCAGCCAAGGCGGCACAACCAGAAAACCCGUCGGCUUCACUAAGUUCUGUUCGAUUAGGAGGACUUCCUUACCCACUGCCAGGCCAAGCUGAUCCAUUGCCUUUUCCCCCAACUUCUGCACACGCAGAUAUUGGUGAUGAUCCACUGGGGCUGCCUGAUGUAGGGGGGCAGCACUCCCCUGCUGUAGAUUUGGCAAAGGUAGAGAGCUCUUUAGAUGGGGAACUCCCUCUUUUAAUACAGGAUCUGCUGGAGCAUGAGAAGAAGGAACAACAAAAGCAGCAACAGCAACAACAGCUCAGUUCCCUCCACCCGGGAGGCAUGACACCUCAUUUUCCUGGCCUCUCAAGUCAACAGCCAACCCCACAGGCGCCUGGGCAGAUAAUGCUGCCACACCACCAUCGUCCGCCACCCCAAGGAAUGAUGGCUCAGCCUGGGAUGGUACCCCGUCCUCCACACAUGUUACAACAGCAGCAGCAGCAGCAGCAGCAGCAGCAAAGGCUUAUGGGAACUGGAAUGGCACCUCCACCUCACAUGACCAUGGCCCAGCAGCAGGCCAUGAUGAGGAUGGGCCAGCCAGGUCUCAGUCAUCCACAACAGCCGCAACCAGUGGUCAAACAGUCACCUCUGGCCAACAAUUUCUUCCCAGAUAAAGAUUUAGACAAAUUUGCAACUGAUGACAUCAUGGAUCCCAUUGCCAAGGCAAAGAUGGUGGCACUCAAGGGUAUAAAGAAAGUGUUGGCCCAGGAUCCAAUGGUUGUUCCCCCUGGCAUUAACAGGCAACAAGUUUCUCUGCUUGCUCAGAGGCUGGCCUCUGCUCCAGGCACAGACCCAGGUCAACUUACAUCUGGACCACCAAAGGAGGGAGAAAUCAGUGAUCCCACCCAGUCAAGACCCAACCCUCCCCAGUUUGUGCAAGGAAUCAUCAACGAUGCAGAACAGCACCAAUAUGAAGAAUGGCUUCUUCACACCCAGCAGUUACUCCAAAUGCAGUUGAAAUUCUUAGAGGAACAGAUUGGAGUUCACCGCAAAUCACGCAAGGCACUGUGUGCUAAGCAGCGCACUGCUAAGAAAGCUGGCAGGGAAUUUGCUGAAGCCGAUGCAGAGAAACUAAAGUUGGUAACAGAAGAGCAGAGCAAAAUUCAGAAACAGCUUGACCAGGUACGCAAGCAGCAAAAGGAGCACACCAAUCUUAUUGCAGAGUACAGAAGCAAGCAGCAGCAGCAUCAGCAAGGCUCAGGUCUUCUUACCCCAGGUCAUUCUGCCCAGGGGGGGCCCCCUCACAUGUUUCCCAAGAUGCCUGGCCAGAUGGUGAUGGGCCAGCAGGGAACACCAGUAAUGGGCCAGCACCCUGGCAUGAUGCCCCAAGCUGGAAUGCCUGUCAGGAUGCCCCAAGGCCAGCCCUUCAUUGGUGGAGCCCAACCCCAGCUCCCUGCAACACUUGGAACCAGUGUAGUAAGGCCCCCAGGUCCACCUGGGGCUCCAACAGGAUUCUUCCCACAAGGGCCUGGAAUGCAAGGUGCAGACCCAAGGCUUCUCCAAGAAAGACAGCUUCAGCAUAGGAUGCAGAUGGCAAAGCUCCAGCAACAGCAACAGCAGCAACAAGUGAUGAUGGGCCAGCAACCAAUGCCACACCCAAAUCAGGCCAGUAUGAUGGGGAACCCACUAAUGGCCCAACAACAAGCAAACACUCAACAGGGAAUGCUUGCCAACCAGGCCAAUCAGCAGACCAUGGUGCAGGUUCCACAAGGAAUGGUUGGAGGCCAGUCUGUGGCUCCGCUACCCCAGAACCUUGCAGGAGGCCAGCCUAUUAACCAUGCUCAAGCCAUGAUGGCAGCUCAAACUGGAAUCAUGGGCAACCAGCCAGUUCCACCACCACAGCAACAGAGGCCUCAGCUGAUGAUGGGUCAGCAGGGUAUGGUUGGAUCUCCAGGUCACCCUGGCCUCAGGGGUCCCCAGGUCCAAUUGACUCCCCAACAACAGAACAUUCUGGCCCAACGCAUGCUUGCAUCUCAGCAGCAGCAGCAGCAGCAGAAUGUUGCAAAGAAUUUGGCUCACCUUCAGCAGCAGCAGCAGAUGGUACAGCAAAGACAGCCUACACAGAUGAUCAGUCAACCCAGCCAAGAGCAAGGAGGGCUCUCUCAACCCUCUACCCCACAGAUGGGCUCCUCCCCUUCAGCAGGAAGUAUCACGCCCCAGCCACAGGGAGCUACAGACAGCCAAAACUCAGGCCCCAAAGAGGGUGGGAUCCUCAGCCCUGUUUCGAGAACGCCACCACAGCAGAGUGGACCCUCCACUCCUAAUCAGAUGACCCAACUAGGCUCUGGAAAUGAUCAUCAAACUGACUUGGGGAGGCAGCAAUUACAGCAGCAGCAGCAGCAGCAUCAAAACCAGGUUUAUAUGCAGCAGCAGCAGCAGCAACAGUCAAAUCCUCAGUCUGUAUCUGAGCAACAGACAGGUAUGAUUGGAAGCCAACAGUCUGGUGUGCUUCAGCAACAGCAGCAACAAAUUCCACUCACUCUCCAGAGGCAAGUUUCCCUCGGUGCUGACAAGCCAGGUCUGAUGACUAUUAAAGAGGAAGGAAAACCAAUUGAUUUCUUGGCUCAACAGCAACAACAGCAAACAGUUCAAAAUGCCAUGCAGCAGUCACAAGAUCCCAGCAUCCAGCAGCAAAUCAUAGGCCAGAACCAUGCCGGCCAGCCUGUUGUGAUGGGACAUAGUCCACAACAGCAAGCUCUCAUGGCCCAGCAGCAAAAACAACAGGCCAUGAUGGGCCUGAUGAGGGCCCAGCAGCAAGGGAUGAUGGCACAAAGGCCUGCACUUCCACAGGGACAGAUCCGCACCCCUAUCAACAUCCAGGCUAUUAUUGCUCAGAAUCCUCAGCUGCGCAAUCUCCCCCCAAACCAGCAGAUACAGCACAUCCAGGCCAUGAUUGCCCAGAGGCAGCUCCAACAGGGACAGAUGCUGCGGAUGUCAAUGAGUCAAGGCCAGCAAGGUCAGUUAAGAUCUCACAUGACCCCAGGACAGGUGCCACAGGUUGGACAGCAGAUGCCAGGAAUGGAAGGGCAACAGAUGCCAUAUGGAGCCAUGGGGAAGCCAGGAGUAGUGGGCACUCAGCAACAGUCAGGCAUGUUGGGCCACCAACCUGGUGUUGCUCCUCAGAUACAGCAGGGGAUGAUGGUCCCUGGGCAGCAACAGCCACCACCAGGGGAGAUGAUGCAACAUAUUAUGAGAGGUCAGGUACCAGUGGACCAUGGCCGUAUGGUAAGACCAACAUCUCCACGUCAGCCAUUGCCCAUCUCUCCUGGUGAUGCACAACGGCACACAUUUAAUCAAGCAAUGGGGAUGCGUCCACCCACUCCCAACCAGAACCAACAAGCACUAAUGGUGACUGCAGCAGGCCGCAUGCAGGGCUCUCCAUCCCAUGCAUAUUCUCCAAGAGGUCCCUUUGGUAUGAGCCCAGCCCACCCGGCCUCACCCCAUUCAUCCCAUGUCUCCUCACCUUCUAUAGCUGACAGGGCUGGAAGGGGGAGUCCAUACAGCCAAGUCAGGGCAUCUCCACUCAGGUCACCUGGAGCCAAGAGUCCACUUGAUUGUCCAGGACUGAAAAUAGAAACUCAGACAUCAGGCAAUGAAACAUGUCAGACAGCCUCAGUUACCCCCAAUGGUCCUCAGAAAGGCAUGAAUGUUCAGCAACAGCCGCAGCAGGUCACAGAGAGCCAUGCUCCUCACACACAACAUAGCUCUAGAGUAGGGGAGCUAUGUAAGAUAACCCUACAGAACAUUAAACAGGAACCAAGAGAGGUUCAGUGUGAUGGUGCAACAGAGCCUCAUCCUGGGGCUGUGAAGCGAGAAGCAACGGGAGAGAUGGUUACUUCCGGGAACAACACUAGCUUUAUUAAUGCUGGAAGCGUGGCUGGAGACCCUGGGACUCAAGGCCCUAGAUCUGAGACUGGACAGCAACUAUUGCAGAAACUCCUGAGGACCAAGAACCUUCAGCUUGGUGCUCAGAGACCUUCUGAAGGCAUCCACAAUGAAAUCAAUGGCCACAUCAACACCAAACUAGCUAUGUUGGAGCAAAAACUUCAAGGGACUCCACGAAAUAUGGAGGAUUUACAGUCUAUAACAAAAAGGGCUCCUGUACAAAAGCCAAAACGCACUAAUAAGGCAACUGGGGACCGAGGGCCUAAUGCACGGAGGAAGAACAAGAAGGAAGAAGUUGGAAAAAGUGCAGAAGCCCUGAUAAAGCAACUGAAACAGGGUCUCUCUCUGCUGCCCCUCAUGGAGCCUUCAAUCACUGCCAGUCUGGAUCUGUUUGCCCCUUUUGGAAGCAGUCCAGCCAAUGGCAAAGCCCAGCUCAAAGGAUCCUUUGGAAAUGCGGUGCUGGACAAUAUCCCAGACUAUUAUUCUCAGCUACUCACUAAGAGUAACCUCAGCAACCCACCAACACCCCCAUCCUCCCUGCCACCUACUCCUCCGCCUUCAGUACAGCACAAGCUGCUGAAUGGAGUGACUCCUGGGGAGGAGCUGUCUGAGGGUCAAAAAGACACAGAGCCAGCAGAAGAGCCAAUGGAUUCUGUUACAGAGGAGGUGAAGAGUGUAGACAUUCUUGCAGCUCUCCCCACCCCGCCACAUAACCAGAAUGAGGACAUCAGGAUGGAGAGUGAUGAUGAGGAUGCUCCAGAAAGCAUCAUCCCGGCAUCAUCCCCCGAGAGUAACGUAGGAGAUGAAACACCACGUUUCCCUCAUCUACGGGAGCCUAAAGAGGAGGAGACUGAGAGAGCAAUAUCCCCCAUCAUCCCUCUCAUACCUCGCACUGCCAUCCCAGAUAUUAUACAACAUUCAAAAUCAUUCCCUGAAAACAAACCAUUUGAAGCAGCCGAUAGCAAGGUAGUUUCCACAUCCAACCAUUGGGAAAAGGCCAAAAGCAACGAAGUGUCCGUUACCUUCACAUUGUCUUCUGCCAAGAAACUGAACCAUGUCAUGAUGGCUAUGGCCCAGCUGCUUAAUAUUAGGAUGCCAGGUUCUUAUGAGGUGACUUUCCCUCCCCAAAACCCUGACAUGUCUGGAGUUGAUGGGCCUGGGAAAGGACCCGGCCAGUCAGGGGCACUGUGUACAAAGGACGGUGCUUCACCCAGCCAGGAUGAGUGGCUAAGACAGUUUGAUGUGUCUCUACCAGGCUGUACAUUGAAGAAACAAGUGGACAUUCUGGCACUUAUUAAACAGGAAUUCCCAGAAAAAGAGGACAAACCGGUCCAGCACUGUUACACAACCAAUGUAAAUGACUUGGAUGUGCGCCAUCUUCCUAGUAUACCGGUGGAGGAAUCUCCACCCCCAUCUCCGUCCCCUCCACAACCUCCCCCAUCUGCCCCAGUUGCAACUAGUGAAGCUGAACCUUUGAAAAAAUCAGCUCCUCCAUCCCCGUCUCCCUCCAGUCCCAUCAAUGUCCAGAUCAAGACUGAGCCUGAACAGGAUGUUGGUCCUCCUAUUGAUGCUGCUCAACCAACUGAUGUCCAGGAGUCUGAAGUUGCUGCUCCAGAUCCCGUCACAGAUCCCGCCACAGAUCCCGUCACAGAUCCCGUCACAGAUCCCGCCACAGAUCCCGCCACAGAUCCCGCCACAGAUCCCGCCAAAGAUUCAGUCACAGAUCCCGUCAAAGAUUCAAUCACAGAUCCCGUCAAAGAUUCAAUCACAGAUCCCGUCACAGAUCACGUCACAGAUCCCAUCACAGAUCCCGUCACAGAUCCAGCAACUGCAACUGCCACUGCAGUUCCAGAUCCUACUGCUCCUACUGAAGACCAUCUGAAUCCUGUUACCAAGGAGGAGGACUUGACCAAUGAUCCAGCUCAACCACCACAAGAUUCUCCCAACAACAUGGAGUCUUCUCCUAAGGCUGUCAAGCAGCGCAGGCCUCUCUCCCCUGAUGAGGAGGUGGUGCAUCCCAAAGUGAAAAAAUGGAAGGGGAUUCGCUGGAAGCGUCUUCAGAUUGUAAUCUCAAUACGCAAGGGUGGUUCUAAGAAGGAGAGCAGCCGUGAGGUGUCUGAGCUAAUGGAACGCCUGCGCAUUACUCUUCGACCAGACAGGCUGCCUAGGGAUAAACGUAAAUGCUGCUUCUGCCAUGAGGAAGGUGAUGGAGCCACAGAUGGGCCUGCCAGGUUGCUUAACAUUGAUGUGGACCUGUGGGUGCAUCUUAACUGUGCCCUGUGGUCCACAGAAGUUUAUGAGACUCAGGGGGGCGCCCUGAUCAAUGUGGAGGUAGCCCUGCGUCGCGGAUUGCGGACUCUUUGCGCGUACUGCCAGAAAACGGGUGCCACCAACAGCUGCAACAGAAUGCGCUGCCCGAAUGUCUACCACUUCGCCUGUGCCAUCCGGGCACGCUGCAUGUUCUUCAAGGACAAGACCAUGUUGUGCACCCAGCAUAAGCUGAAGGGCCCCAGUGAAGAUGAACUCAGCGCGUUUGCUGUUUUACGGCGAGUCUACAUUGAGCGUGAUGAGGUCAAGCAGAUUGCCAGCAUCUUACAGCGAGGUGACCGUAUCCAUCUGUUCCGUGUUGGUGGUCUCAUCUUUCAUGCUGUUGGCCAGUUGCUACCCUCCCAAAUGGCAAACUUCCACUCACCCACUGCCAUUUUCCCUGUUGGCUAUGAGGCCACACGCAUCUACUGGAGCACGCGUCUGCCCAACAAGCGCUGUCGCUACCGCUGCCGCAUCAGUGAGGAUGAUGGUCGCCCCCUGUUUGAGGUGCGUGUUCUGGAGCAUGGGAUGGAGGAUUUGCAGUAUCGUGACACUACUCCACAGGGGAUCUGGGACCGGGUGGUUCAGCAGGUGGCUAAACUCCGAGAUGAGUCAUCCAUGUUGAAGCUUUUCACUGAACAUGUCAAGGGAGAGGAGAUGUAUGGCCUCACAAUUCAUGCUGUCAUGCGUAUCACUGAGUCGUUGCCUGGAGUGGAGAACUGCCAGAACUACCAGUUCCGAUAUGGCCGUCACCCUCUGAUGGAGCUCCCUCUUAUGAUCAAUCCCACUGGCUGUGCUCGCUCUGAGCCAAAGGUCCCCACACAAUGCAAGAGGCCUCACACUCUAAAUAGCACCAGCGUGUCAAAGGCCUACCAGAGUACCUUCACUGGAGAGCUCAACACACCAUACAGCAAGCAGUUUGUCCACUCGAAGUCAUCCCAGUAUCGGCGCCUGAAGACUGAGUGGAAGAAUAAUGUGUAUCUGGCACGAUCCCGCAUUCAGGGCCUGGGUCUGUACGCCGCUAAGGAUCUGGAGAAGCACACCAUGGUCAUUGAGUACAUCGGUACGGUCAUACGCAACGAGGUGGCCAAUCGCCGUGAGAAGAUCUACGAGUUGCAGAACCGUGGGAUUUACAUGUUCCGCAUCAACAAUGAGCAGGUGAUUGAUGCCACUCUGACAGGCGGCCCCGCUCGCUACGUCAACCAUUCCUGUGCUCCCAACUGUGUGGCAGAGGUUGUAACGUUUGACAAAGAAGACAAGAUUAUCAUCAUUUCCAGCCGUAGGAUCCCCAAGGGAGAAGAGCUGACCUACGACUACCAGUUCGAUUUCGAGGACGAUCAGCACAAGAUCCCUUGCCAUUGUGGAGCCUGGAAUUGCCGAAAGUGGAUGAACUAACCGGAAGAAAGAAAAAUGGAGAAUUCCCCUCUCACUGGUGCCAGAACACUCCUGCGCCAAAGCCUUUGAAUCCUACAUAGCCAGUGCAUAAGCUGUUCUGAAAGACGUGGAGGAAGGCAGGCCUCCGUCAUUGAAAGACUAAAGCGUUGACACCUGUAGCCAAAGGUUUGAAGAGCAUUAAUCAAUAAAAGCAACCGACCACCUCCGUCAACAGCAGCUUGAUGGUGGGACUAACUUUCAUGUUUGGACUAGUGAAUCACCCUUUCCUCAGCCAAAACCCUUUCCCCCUCGACUGUUCUCAAUAAGCUUACAGUGGCUGGAAAACAAUCCUCAACAUCUACCAAAUGAUUCUGACCCUCUGAUAUCAAUACUCGUAGUGCAGAGCUCACCUGGAGCUUCGACAAAAAGCCAUUUUAAAAUACUAAGAAUGAACUUACGAUGAUGCAUUUUUAUGUUCUAAGACGGACCUAUUUCCUGUCCUACCUGACCACACCUCCCCCCUCACCUCCCAGAAAAGGCACUUUCCCAUCAAGUCAUCAAUGAAGACAACACGGAUAUUUGGCUAGCUAGACAAUCUUGAUGUGGCUCUGUGUAAGAACUACAUAUGAUCGAUGGAAAAAAAGAAAAUAUGUAAGUUAAUAUAAAAUUUGAGAUGCUAUUGAUCUGUGGCUCCAGAGGCACCAGAUGUUGUGACUGUGUGGAGUCCCAAGGUGGGUUAGUUGGACCCAGUCUACCUCAUUGAUUUAGCGGGAAGUGACUGCUUUGUAUAAAAACUGUUAACUGCUACUGUGGAACGGGGGGGAAAGGGGGAAUGUUUUUAUGGGCUUAGCCUUCUCGGACAAGCAGGGAAUCUUAAGCAGCAGGUUUGCUCUAUCUACUCUAUGCUGAUGAUGAUUUACAAUAAUGAGCCAACAUAAUUAUUAUUCAUGAAUUGUUUAUACAGAGGAAAUAUAUGACAGUUUUGAUAAGAUAUUGCAUUAAAAUCACAAUCAGAAGCUUAGCGGGUGUCCUGUAUGCCACCAAAUCAUCCUGGAUAUUGAUGUAGCUUUUUCUCUUUUUUGUUCUCUUUAUUUAUGUGUCUCAAAACCAUGUUAUUAGCUGUGUGAAAGCACAAUAACAUCCACCUUUUUAAGUUGCUUAAAGACCAUGAUGGUGUGAGUGAAUGGCUCUAGGAUCACAAGGACACUUAGUCUGUAAAGAAGACUACGGAGUCCUAAAUUAACCAAGUACACAUUUGCUUGUUGCUUCAUACAUUGAAGUUCCACUUGUUGAAAACCAGCCGGUGGAUGCAUGACUACUGUCCCAUGAAAUGCUUUUUAUUCCCCCGAACAACCCGAUCUUUUCACAACUUAACCUUAAACUUUGAAUCAUGCCUCUUCCUCUCUGUAUUAUUUAGUGGACUAUUGUUAAACUUUACUGUAGUAAGUCUUCCUCUGCCUGAGUACAGCCUGCAGUGUUUCUACUUCCCCUGUAGUGUGCUUUUCUAGUGCUGGUACUGUCCUCUCGAGGCUGAACUGAUGGCAGGGAAAGACUUAUUGGAAAAAAGGGCAUUUGUUUUCAUUUCUAUGUAAGAUGAAUGAAAAAGUCUUUAAAGGGAGCUUUACUAAAACUCCACCUUCCCAUACUACUUUGUUUCCUCCUUUCCCUAACCUAAGACCUCACAUGAUUUAAAAAUGCAAAGUUGUACAAACUGUAUAUAUAGUAUAUGCAUUAGGGGACAGCAACUCUUUAUCCAGCCCCUUUGUAAUCAAUAAAGUGAAAAGUGUAGAGAAAUAAAAUUGAAAAAAAAAAACCAACCACUGGAUAUCAUUUUAACAAAGAUAAAGCUGUAUAUAAAUAUAAAUAUAUGUAAAAUGGCAAACUAAUAUCUUUAUGUAUAUGAACCAGAGUGUUUUGCAUUGACCUGUUUUUCUAUUAGUGUUUUUGCUAUAAGCUCUCAGAGACAAGUUUGUUAAAAAUAGGUAUGAGAAAAUGUCUGGUCUUCAAUCAAUCGCGACGAGAAGCCAAUGUGAUUAUGAAACUGUUUGGAUUCAUGUGGAGGGUCGUUAAUUAGACAUGAAAAUCACUUCUUGCGUAAAGCAGUACAAUGGUGCAUAGCAUUUGUAUUUAUGUAAUAUUGUUUGUGUUUAUUUUUCUUUUUAUUUAUGCUACUGCUUGUUGAUUACCAAAACCUGUCCCUUAAUCGGUCACAAUUGGAUUAAUAUACUCUUGAAUGGAAAAUCUUGAAUUCCCUAGAAUAUUGUUAGUGUUUUUGCUUUUUUAUAUCUUCCCUAUAGAAGUGAAUGUGUUGGUAAACCUUGUGAAAUGGUUACUUGGCCUAAUGUAUGUUAUGAUGUAAUACUCAAAGUUAAUCCCAUACUUAACCUGGUAAUGAAUUGCACUCUCAUAGUAUAACGGAGAACUUCUCUAAAGUGGUAGAUAUUGAUCAAGUAUCCGGAGCAGUGAUAUAUAUAUUUUUUGGUAUGUUUCUAUUUCAAGGGAAGACCAUGACGAGACAUUAUGCCGCUCACUGGAUUUUAGCCUGAAUAAUUUUUAACUUCUCUGAAUCUUAAUUUAAGUUCUCUGCAUAUCUUAUAAUUUAAUAAAGUUUGCUCAAAUUGAAGGUUUUUUUUAACCUCACCUACUUUUUAAAAAGAAGUUGCAUCUGUACAGCAGAGAUACUUUUAGGGAAUAUGAAUAAAUAUAAUGAUCAUUUUUAUUGUAUGUGGCAUGUUUUGUAUGGAUAUUAUUUUGAAUUGUACAUAUUUUUUUCAGGACGCCAGAGGUUGCAUCUCUUUAUAUACAGCUUUCCCACUCCCUUUCCCCUUCAUCUUAUUUCUUUGUCUGCUUUUGUUUCUUGUAAAGGAAAAUAAAAUGCAUUUUAAAUAUG